CGCGCUCGGUUUGACGGCAGCUCAGCUCAGCGAAGGGGAGGCGCGCGCGCGCGGCGCCAUUUGCUGCUUUUGUCCGUUAUCAGACGGAGCCGCGGCGACGAGCUCCAGCGGCGCAUCCGCGUAUUUCUACAAGAAAUGUCCGCUUCAAAACGUCAUCACGGAUAAAUUAUAGGAGACACCUGCUGUCUUCCUGACAUUGUGACCAUGAUCCCUUCCUGUUUCACUCUGUUCGCUUUCAUCCUCUUCAGCAGCAUCUUGGAGGAGCCACUGCUGAGUGCUGAGGUAAAGGAGGGAGAAAUUCUGCCUCCCACCAUUCAGAAGCUGAUGAAAGGAUACAACAAGUACCUGAGGCCUUUCUUUGACAAUGGCCCUGUUACUGUGGGGAUGAGUUUGGACAUCGCCAGCAUUGACACAAUCUCAGAAAUCAACAUGGACUACACUGCCACCAUUUUCCUGCGGCAGCGCUGGACAGACGAAAGACUGGUGUUUGAAGGCAAUAAGAGCUUGAGUCUGGAUGGGCGUCUGGUGGAGCUACUCUGGGUUCCUGAUACCUUCAUUGUGGAUUCCAAGAAGUCCUUCCUGCAUGAUAUCACGGUGGAGAACAGGCUGAUCCGAAUCUUCCCCAAUGGGACUGUGCUUUAUGCUCUCCGGAUCACCACCACUGUGGCCUGCAACAUGGACCUGACUAAAUAUCCCAUGGAUAAACAGACAUGCACCCUUCAACUGGAAAGCUGGGGUUAUAAUGUCAAUGAUGUGAUGUUUUACUGGGCAAGAGGCAAUGAGUCGGUCAGUGGCUUGGACACUCUGCGUCUGGCCCAAUACACAGUAGAGGAUCAUUACACUUCUGCCUCGGAGGCAGUGUAUGAGACAGGUAAUUAUCCUAAACUUAUAUUCCACUUUGAGCUGAAAAGAAGCAUUUUGUACUUCAUCCUGGAAACCUACGUGCCCUCCAGCCUGCUAGUCGUGCUGUCCUGGGUGUCCUUCUGGAUAAGCCAAUCAUCUGUUCCUGCUCGCAUAUGCAUAGGAGUUACGACAGUUUUAACAAUGACGACUCUGAUGAUGGGUGCGAGGACGUCCCUACCCAAUGCUAACUGCUUCAUCAAGGCGAUAGAUGUGUAUUUGGGAAUUUGUUUCAGUUUCAUCUUUGGAGCCUUGAUAGAGUACGCAGUUGCUCACUUCUGCACACUUCAGCACCCAGACUGCAACAGUGCGCUUACGCACAUGCAUGAUUGUGACGAGGAGAUGAACGGUAUCGUCACUACCAUCUCCAGAAAUUCGAGCCGAGCAAAGCGUCGGAAGGACUCUCCAAACCCUGCCCCUACAUCGACACCUAGUGGAGAGCCUGAUCUCAUGGCACAAACCCCUUCUCACUCAGAACCCACGAACCCAGCGGCCCUGGAGGAUCCUCUUAACCGCUGCAUCAGAAACCUGUCCCUCAUUCGACAGACGCUCCGCUCUGUGAACUGCUGUCAUGUGGAGAAUCCACAUUACAUAGACAACUACUCUCGUGUAACAUUUCCCCUCUCCUUUGUCGUAGUCAACCUGCUCUACUGGACUUACUAUCUCUAUUUUUAAUAUGCCUCAGAGUUGGAAGAGUAUGCACCUCAUGUCUGACUGAGCAUGAAAUAAUCUUAGUUUCUGUAUGUGUCUGGGUUGUGUGUGUGUGUUUUUUUUUUCUUUUUUCCUUUUUUUUUGCUGAAAAUCCGAGUGAAAUUAAGAGAAUAUGCAUGAUGGUGCGAGUGGUUUUUAUUUUGCAUAUUUUACAUGUCUGAGUGGGUGUACAAGCCCUUCUCAUCAAUGUACCAUUUCGUGGAUCAGGUUCGUUAUUGUUUUAUAGAAACAGAUGAAAGUGUAACAUGCCAAAUGAUGCAAUAAGAUGUUAAAGGAAGAGGCUAAUUAGGAUGAAGGCACUGGGAUGCCACCUGACUUCAACUUUAAUGCAGAGGUGCCAGUGUUGCUAACAAGAAUAAAUAGAAUAUAUUAAGGGAAAAAAGAAUGUUACAAGAAUUCCCCUUGCGUAACAAAGUUGACAAGGCAGCUUGGUGAAUUAAUGAAAAAGCAUGCACUGGCUACGUGAAUAGUUUGGAUUUUUAAGCAACAAGCAACCAGCUCGACGUUAAUGCUUACGGUAAUUGUUACAAAACUAAAAUGCAUGUCCUGCCACAUGUUGCUUAUAAUAAUAAACUGUCUAAAACUGUAGUGAAACCUAAUUACCAUUAAUUAACUGACUUUUUUUUU